AUGCGACUGCAGGUUGUGAAUAAGAAGAAACGAAAGAAUAAUUGCUAUAGGUUUGCAGCUGCUACAUGGAGCCUCGGGUGCACUGUGUUAGAGAUGUUAACUCAGCGACAUCCAUACUUCAAAUUGGAGCCAGUGGAAGCUCAAUUAAAUUUUUUGAAGAAGGAAACGCAAAACUACACCUCCAGAUGUGCAACGGAAGCUAAGAAGUUGGCGGAGGAUGUUGAGAUAGAAACCCAUAAUGUAGAUAUUGUGGAAAGAGAAGUGGCAGAUGUUCAGGAGACGUCCAAAUUGAAGUUCCAGGAAACAAUCAAGCAAAAUGAGGAAGAAAUUCAGAUAUGUGCUUGGGAACACUAUGCUUUGGUUGAUUCAGUUUUUGAACUACGAAGAGCACAUGGCAUCAAAAAUUUCAGAGAUGAAGAGCAACCUUUCAGAAACAGCAGAAGCUCUAUCAGAUUCUUACAAAGGCUCCUUGUCAGUGCAGUUUGGUAUCACUUUGGAUACAAACCACUGACCCAAUAGAUUAUUCCUUUCUGUGACUCAAGUUUUUUCUUUUUCCUUUUCUUUUAGUGUAAUGGACUGAUUUGUAUUGUAUGUAUACUUAUCUUAAAUAUUUGGUAUUA